CUCAUAAACAGCCCGGCGUGGGAGCCGUGGGCGGGCGAGGCGGAGAGCGGCGCUCCCUGCCAACCGCGGGCAUUGGGGUCUGGAGCAGCGGCCACCAUGGCCAGUGGCAGCUGUCAGGGGAGCGAGGAGGAGGAGGAGGAAACUCUGAAGAAGUUGCUAGUCAGGCUGAACAAUGUCCAGGAAGGAAAACAGAUAGAAACGCUGGUCCAGAUCCUGGAAGAUAUGCUGGUGUUCACGUACUCAGACCACGCCUCGAAGUUAUUUGAAGGCAAAAAUUUUCACGUGCCUCUGUUGAUCGUCCUGGACUCUUACAUGAGGGUCGCGAGUGUGCAGCAGGUGGGUUGGUCACUUCUGUGCAAAUUAAUAGAAGUCUGUCCAGGUACAAUGCAAAGCUUAAUGGGACCGCAGGACAUUGGAAAUGAUUGGGAAGUCCUUGGUGUUCACCAACUCAUUCUUAAAAUGCUAAUGGUUCAUCAUGCCAAUGUAAACCUGUCAACAGUUGGACUGAAGGCCUUAGAUCUCCUUCUAACUUCGGGAAAAAUCACGUUGCUGAUACUGGAUGAAGAAAGCGAUAUUUUCUUAUUAAUUUUUGAUGCCAUGCACACAUUUUCAGCCAGUGAUGAAGUCCAGAAACUUGGAUGCAAAGCUUUACAUGUGCUGUUUGAAAGAGUUUCUGAAGAACAACUCAUUGAAUUUGUUGAGAACAAAGAUUAUACUAUAUUGCUAAAUGCAUUAAAAAAUUUUAAAGAUGAAGAGGAAAUUGUCCUACAUGUACUGCACUGUUUACAUUCCCUAGCAAUUCCUUGCAGCAAUGUUGAAGUCCUCAUGAGUGGCAAUGUCAGGUGUUACAAUAUUGUGGUAGAAGCCAUGAAAGCAUUCCCCGUCAGUGAAAGCAUUCAGGAAGUGGGUUGUUGCUUGCUCCAUAGGCUUACAUUAGGUAACUUUUUCAAUAUCCUGGUGUUAAAUGAGGUGCACGAGUUUGUGGUGAAAGCUGUGGAGCUGUAUCCAGAGAAUGCAACAUUACAGAUCUCAGCACUCAGCUGUUUAGCUCUCCUGACUGAGACCAUUUUCUUAAAUCAAGACUUAGAGGAAAAGAAUGAGAAUCAGGAGAAUGAAGAGGAGGAGGAAGAAGACAAAUUGUUUUGGCUGGAAGCUUGUUACAAAGCCCUAACACAGCACAGGAAGAAUAAGCAUGUGCAGGAGGCUGCAUGCUGGGCACUAAAUAACCUCCUCAUGUACCAAAGCAGUCUACACGAGAAGAUUGGAGACGAAGAUGGCCAGUUCCCAGCUUACAGGGAAGUGAUACUAUCCAUGGUGAUGCAUUCGUCAUCCAAAGAAGUCUUCCAGGCAUCUGCAAACGCCCUGUCAACCCUACUGGAACAAAACGUUAAUUUUAGGAAAAUCCUGCUGUCAAAAGGAAUAUAUCUGAAUGUUUUGGAGUUAAUGCAGAAGCAUAUACAUUCUCCUGAAGUGGCUGAAAGUGGAUGUAAAAUGUUAAAUCAUCUCUUUGAAGGAAGUAACACUUCUCUGGAUACAAUGGCAGUAGUAGUUCCCAAGAUAAUAACAAUCAUGAGAAGUCAUGCAACAUCAUUAUCAGUUCAGCUGGAGGCACUUCGAACUAUUUUGCAUUUUAUAGUGCCAGGUAUGCUAGAAGACUCCAGGGAUGAAUUUCAACAUAAGUUAAAUGUGAUUAAAAAACAAUGUUUCAGGAGUGAUAUCCACAAGCUGGUCCUUGCAGCUCUGAACAGGUUCGUUGGAAAUCCUGGGAUUCAGAAAUGUGGAUUAAAAGUGAUUUCUUCUUUUGCACAUUUUCCCGAUGUGUUAGACGUGUUAUCCCUGGAUGGGGCUAUUGAUUCAGUGCUUCACACACUGCAGAUGUAUCCUGAUGACCAAGAAAUUCAGUGUCUUGGGUUAAGUCUUAUUGGAUUCUUGAUUACCAAGAAGAAUUUGUGCAUAGGAACUGGGCACUUGCUGGCUAAAAUCCUGGUUUCCAGUUUACAGCGAUUUAAAGAUGUUACUGAAGUGCAGAUUACGGGAUUUCAGACAAUCUUGGAAAUACUUGAAUUGUCAGCACCUUUUUCUAAGCUGCUGCUGCAUCAUUCAUUUGACUCUGUAAUAUUCCAUCAGAUGUCUACCAGCAUCAUGGAACAAAAGGACCAACAGUUUUUAAGCACCUGCUGCAAGUGCUUUGCAAAAUUAGUUAUGGACGAUGAGUUAAAAAGUGUGAUGCUAGAGAGAGCUUGCAAUCAGAAUAAUAGCAUCAUGGUUGAAUGCUUGCUUUUACUGGGAGCUGAUGCCAAUCAAGCAAAGGAAGCAACUUCUUUAAUUUGUCAGGUGUGUGAGAAAGAGAGCAGUCCCAAAUUGGUGGAACUGUUGCUGAAUAGUGGGUCCCGUGAGCAAGAUGUACGGAAGGCGCUGACCAUUAGCAUCCGGAAGGGCGACAGUCAGGUCAUCAGCCUGCUUUUGAGAAGGCUGGCACUGGAUCUGGCCAACAACAGCAUCUGCCUUGGAGGGUUUUGUAUAGGAAGAAUAGAACCUGCUUGGCUUGGCCCUUUAUUUCCAGAUAAGACAUCUAAUUUAAGGAAACAAACAAAUACAGGAUCCAUGCUAGCAAGAAUGGUCCUCAGAUAUCAGAUGAAGACUGCUGUGGCAGAAGGAGCAGCCUCAGGAAGUGAUGGGAAUUUUUCUGAAGGUGUCCUGGAUAAACUCGACGAAUGGACUUUCAUUCCUGAUUCUUCUAUGGACAGUGUGUUUGGUCAAAGUGAUGAUCUGGAUAGUGAAGGAAGUGAAGGUUCAUUUCUUGUGAAGAAGAAAUCAAAUUCAAUUAGUGUAGGAGAAUUUUACCAAGAUCCUGCAUUACAACGCUGCUCACCAAAUUUGCAAAGGCAUUCCAAUUCAUUGGGGCCCAUUUUUGAUCAUGAAGAUUUACUGAGACGAAAAAGAAAAAUACUGUCUUCAGAUGAUUCACUCAGGUCAUCAAAACUUCAACCCCAUAUGAGGCAUUCAGACAGCAUUUCUUCCCUGGCUUCUGAGAGAGAAUAUAUUACAUCAUUAGACCUUUCAGCCAAUGAACUCAGAGAUAUUGAUGCCCUGAGCCAGAAAUGCUGUAUAAGUGGCCAUCUGGAGCAUCUUGAAAGGCUGGAGCUUCACCAGAAUGCACUCACAAGCUUUCCACAGCAGCUAUGCGAAACUCUGAAGUGUUUGACACAUUUGGAUUUGCACAGUAAUAAACUUACAUCAUUUCCCUCUUACCUGUUGAAAAUGAAUUGUAUUGCCAGCCUUGAUGCCUCUCGAAACGACAUCGGCCUCUCCAUCGUUUUAGAUCCUGCAGUGAAGUGUCCUACCCUGAAACAGCUCAACCUGUCCUAUAACCAGCUCUCUUCUGUACCUGAGAACCUCACUGAUGUGGUGGAGAAACUGGAGCAGCUCAUUUUAGAAGGAAAUAAAAUAUCAGCGAUAGGUUCCCCUUUGAGCCUGAAGGAACUGAAGAUUUUAAACCUUAGUAAAAAUUGCAUUGCAUCCCUACCAGAGAACUUUCUGGAGGCUUGUCCAAAAGUGGAGAGUUUCAGUGCCAGAAUGAAUUUUCUUGCUGGUAUGCCUUUCUUGCCUUCUUCCAUAACAAGCCUAAAAUUAUCUCAAAACAAAUUUACAUGUAUUCCAGAUGCAAUUUUAAAUCUACCACACUUGCGGUCCUUGGAUUUGAGUAGGAAUAGUAUUGAAAGUCUGCCAGGUCCUGCACACUGGAAAUCCUUGAACUUAAGGGAGCUGCUGUUUAGCUAUAAUCAGAUCAGCAUCUUGGACUUGAGUGAAAAAGUCUACACAUGGUCUAGAGUAGAGAAACUACAUCUUUCUCAUAAUAAACUGAAAGAGGUUUUGCCUUUUUUUUGUUUCAUUAAGAUUCCUCCUGAGAUUGGCUGCCUUGAAAAUCUGACAUCUCUUGAUGUGAGUUACAACUCAGAACUGAGAUCCUUUCCCAAUGAAAUGGGGAAGUUAAACAAAAUAUGGGAUCUUCCAUUGGAUGAAUUACGCCUAAAUUUUGAUUUUAAGCAUAUAGGAUGUAAAGCCAAAGACAUCAUAAGAUUUCUUCAGCAGCGCUUAAAAAAGGCCGUGCCCUAUAACCGAAUGAAGCUAAUGAUUGUGGGAAAUACGGGGAGUGGGAAAACCACCUUACUGCAGCAACUAAUGAAAACCAAGAAAUCAGAUCUUGGAAUGCAGGGUGCCACAGUUGGCAUAGAUGUGAAAGACUGGCCUAUUCAGAUAAGAGGCAAAAGGAAGAAGGACCUUGUUCUAAAUGUGUGGGAUUUUGCAGGUCGUGAAGAAUUCUACAGCACUCACCCGCACUUCAUGACCCAGCGAGCACUGUACCUUGCUGUCUAUGACCUCAGCAAAGGGCAGGCAGAAGUGGAUGCCAUGAAGCCCUGGCUCUUCAAUAUAAAGGCCCGGGCUUCUUCGUCGCCUGUGAUUCUUGUGGGCACACACUUGGAUAUUUCUGAUGAGAAGCAACGCAAAGCUUGCAUAGGUAAAAUCACCAAGGAACUCUUGAAUAAGCGAGGGUUCCCUGCAAUCCGAGAUUACCACUUUGUGAACGCCACCGAGGAGUCUGAUGCAUUGGCAAAACUUCGGAAAACCAUCAUAAAUGAGAGUCUUAAUUUCAAGAUCCGAGAUCAGCCUGUUGUUGGGCAGCUAAUUCCAGACUGCUACGUAGAACUUGAGAAAAUCAUUUUAUCUGAGCGUAAAAAUGUGCCAAUUGAAUUUCCUGUAAUUGACCGGAAACGAUUACUACAACUGGUGAAAGAAAAUCAGCUGCAGUUAGAUGAAAAUGAGCUUCCUCAUGCAGUUCAUUUCCUAAAUGAAUCAGGGGUCCUUCUUCAUUUUCAAGACCCAGCACUGCAGUUAAGUGACUUAUAUUUUGUGGAACCCAAGUGGCUAUGUAAAGUCAUGGCACAGAUUUUGACAGUAAAAGUGGAAGGCUGUCCAAAACAUCCAAAGGGAAUUAUUUCACGUAGAGAUGUGGAAAAAUUUCUUUCAAAGAAAAGGAGAUUUCCGAAGAACUACAUGACACAGUACUUUAAACUCCUAGAAAAAUUCCAGAUUGCCUUGCCAAUAGGAGAAGAAUAUUUGCUGGUUCCAAGCAGUUUGUCUGACCACAGACCUGUGAUAGAGCUUCCCCAUUGUGAGAACUCUGAAAUUAUCAUUCGGCUAUAUGAAAUGCCCUAUUUUCCAAUGGGAUUUUGGUCAAGAUUAAUCAAUCGAUUACUUGAAAUUUCAUCUUACAUGCUUUCAGGAAGAGAACGAGCUCUUCGCCCAAACAGAAUGUAUUGGCGACAAGGCAUCUACUUGAAUUGGUCUCCUGAAGCUUAUUGUCUGGUAGGAUCCGAAGUCUUAGACAAUCAACCAGAGAGUUUCUUAAAAAUUACAGUCCCAUCUUGUAGAAAAGGCUGUAUUCUUUUGGGUCAAGUUGUGGACCAUAUUGAUUCUCUCAUGGAAGAAUGGUUCCCUGGGUUGUUGGAGAUUGAUAUUUGUGGUGAAGGAGAAACUCUGUUGAAGAAAUGGGCAUUAUAUAGUUUUAAUGAUGGUGAAGAACAUCAGAAGAUCCUACUGGAUGACUUGAUGAAGAAAGCAGAAGAAGGAGACCUCCUAGUAAAUCCGGAUCAACCAAGGCUCACCAUUCCCAUAUCUCAGAUUGCUCCUGACUUGAUUUUGGCAGACCUUCCUAGAAAUAUUAUGUUGAAUAAUGAUGAGCUGGAAUUUGAGCAAGCUCCAGAGUUUCUCUUAGGUGAUGGCAGUUUUGGAUCUGUUUAUCGAGCAGCCUAUGAAGGGGAGGAAGUGGCUGUGAAGAUUUUUAAUAAACACACAUCACUUAGGCUGUUAAGACAAGAGCUUGUGGUGCUGUGCCACCUCCACCACCCCAGUUUAAUAUCUUUGCUGGCAGCUGGGAUUCGUCCUCGAAUGUUGGUGAUGGAGUUGGCUUCCAAGGGCUCCUUGGACCGCCUGCUUCAGCAGGACAAAGCCAGCCUCACCAGAACCCUCCAGCACAGGAUUGCACUGCAUGUGGCUGAUGGCUUGAGAUAUCUCCACUCAGCCAUGAUUAUAUACCGAGAUUUGAAGCCCCACAAUGUGCUGCUUUUCACCCUGUAUCCCAAUGCUGCCAUCAUUGCUAAGAUCGCCGACUACGGGAUAGCUCAGUACUGUUGCAGGAUGGGGAUAAAGACAUCAGAGGGCACACCAGGAUUUCGUGCACCUGAAGUUGCCAGAGGAAAUGUCAUUUAUAACCAACAGGCUGAUGUUUAUUCAUUUGGCUUAUUACUUUAUGACAUUUUGACAACUGGAGGUAGAAUUGUAGAAGGUUUGAAGUUUCCAAAUGAGUUUGAUGAAUUAGCAAUACAAGGAAAACUACCUGAUCCAGUUAAAGAAUAUAGUUGUACCCCAUGGCCUAUGGUUGAGAAGUUAAUUAAAAAGUGUUUGAAAGAAAAUCCUCAAGAAAGGCCUACUUCUGCCCAGGUCUUUGACAUUUUGAAUUCAGCUGAGUUAACCUGUCUAAUGAGACACAUUUUGAUACCUAAAAACAUUAUUGUUGAAUGCAUGGCUGCCUCAAAUUCUAACAGCAAGAAUGCAAAUAUCUGGCUGGGAUGUGGUCACACUGACAGAGGCCAGCUUUCGUUUCUCGACUUAAACACUGAAGGAUACACAUUUGAGGAAGUUACUGGUAGCAGAAUACUGUGCUUGGCCUUGGUGCAUCUUCCUGCUGAAAAGGAGAGUUGGAUUGUGUCUGGGACACAGUCUGGUUCUCUUCUGGUCAUCAAUACUGAAGACACGACAAAGAGACAUACCCUUGAAAAGAUGACUGACUCUGUUACUUGUUUGUAUUGCAAUUCAUUUUCUAAACAGAGCAAGCAAAAAAAUUUUCUUUUGGUGGGAACUGCUGAUGGUAAUUUAGCCAUUUUUGAAGAUAAGAUGGUUAAGUGUAAAGGAGCUGCACCUUUGAAGAUACUGAGCAUAGGAGAUGUGAGCACUCCACUAAUGUGUUUGACAGAAUCCGUGAACGCAACUGAAAAACACAUCAUAUGGGGUGGAUGCGGCACGAAGGUUUUCUCAUUUUCAAAUGACUUCAUCAUCCAGAAACGCAUUGAGACAAAAACAAAUCAGCUGUUUUCUUAUGCGGCUUUCAGUGAUUCCAACAUCAUAGCAGUGGCAGUAGACACGGCUCUCUAUGUUGCUAAGAAAAAUAGCCCUGUGGUGGAAGUGUGGGAUAAGAAAACUGAAAAACUCUGUGAACUAAUAGACUGUGUGCACUUUUUAAAGGAGGUAAUGGUAAAAAUAAACAAAGACUCAAAGCACAAGAUGUCUUACUCUGGGAGAGUGAAGGCUCUCUGCCUUCAGAAGAACACUGCUCUCUGGAUAGGAACUGGAGGAGGCCAUAUUUUACUCCUUGAUCUUUCAACUCGUCGAAUUAUACGUAUAAUUAACAACUUUUGCGAUUGUGUUAGAGUCAUGGUGAUCGCACAAUUAGGAAGCCUUAAGAAUGUCAUGCUGGUUUUGGGGUACAAGCGGAAAAGUACCGAAGAUACACCACAACAAAAAGAGAUACAAUCUUGCUUGUCUAUUUGGGACAUCAAUCUUCCACAUGAAGUGCAAAAUUUAGAAAAACACAUUGAAGUGAGGAAAGAAUUAGCUGAGAAGAUGAGAAGAACAUCUGUUGAAUAAGAAGAAUGUCAGAAAGUUUUGUCUUUGAAUGGAGAAAUUCUUCUCUUGUAAAUAUGUCUUUAAAAAUGUUUACAUUGAAAAGGGCACCUCCACUCUUUGAAAUAGCUCAUGUGUAUAUGAAGGAAUGUUUAUAUGUCUUAUUUUUAAUUUAAACAUGUAAAUAGUUACCAGUGAAAGUACAUUUUAAAGAACUAUUUAAAAUACAGUAUUAUAUUUUCAAUAUACCCUAAUUAGUUUGAUGGAUUAAUUAAAAGAAAACUAUAAAGUACUUAAUUGAAGUACUCAUACUAAAUUUUACAAAGUGAUUAUUUUUGCUUUGCUAUCCAACUGAAGGUAAAAUUCACUUUAAAUUAUUGCUUAAGACAGGAAUGUUGUUUGCUUAUUGUCUGGAGAUUCUGGAGGGUAGAGUAAAAGUAUUUGGGCAGUUUCCCAUGUAAUAGCUUUUUCUUAGAUUUGUUUUAAGUGCACUAUUAUAUAUGCUUGUGAAUUGUCAAAUGAAUAUUCACUAAUAAAGCCCUUCAUUAGGGUGUGAAUUCUCUUUGUUACUGAUGAAAACAGUGCAUCUCAUACAAGUUCAUCUAAAAGAAAACUCCUUUAAAACUAUGAUGAGAAGACAUGGAAUAAGGGUGAGGUCCUUAUAUCUAAAAGAUAGUCUCCUAUUUUUUUCUACUUUAUCUUUGUGGAUACCUUGAAGUUUGUAUAAUUGAUAUAAAUACAAUGUUCAAUUCAAGUAAAAAUGUUUAUUGUUUUGUUUGUGUUGAUGUUUUAAACCACAUCACUGGCUACUUGUUUCAUACUUUGCUUUGCUUUAAUGCUUCUACUCAUAUUUUUCCUAAAUUUGUGACCCUGCACACUCUACAUUAUUUAUGUUAUUACAUUAUUACUUAAAAACCCUACUUUCAGAAUAUAGAAUUCUACAACUCAUACCAAGACCCUGGGGACAACUACAUGACUUAUUCUUUGAUUUGCUCAUGGAACUAACUAUGCUGGGCAAAAUAGCUGCUUACCUAAUCUUCUAAGUUUGACCCAAACUGUUCAAUGCCUUCCCAUAGCUGGAGUAUCACUGUCAAUUACAUAUGUAAUAAUUUGGGAACCAUUCUUUUUUAAGAAAAACACUUGGUAAAUCCAUUGACACUAGCCAAUAUUCAUUUCAAACAAUUCCCUCUGAGAGGAUAACAGGUUUAUUUCAUAGUCUUAGAACUGGCUGGCACUUUAUUAUUUGGGCACUUUAAAUUACUUUCUAUUAGGGGUAACCAAAUUCUUAAUCUUAAAAGAAUUUCCACUUUUCAAAGGGACCUGUUCUUCAAUUUAACUUACAUAAUUAACAACAAAAAUAUUUGUUGUGACGGGGCCCUUUAUUUCUGUGGUAUCUCUCAUUGUUAUUUUGUAUGUAUAUGCAAUUUUUUAACCAAAAACAGUUAUAUAAAAGUAUGUAAAUGAACAUUGUAUUUAAAUGGAGUAAUAAACAUUUUUAAAGCAUGUUUAUGAUUUUUAAAACCUAUGAAAGUGUUUUAUUUUUCACAUAUAGGUCUUUAUUUUUCACGUAUGGACCUUCAAAUUAAUCUGUGUAUGGAAGAUUGACUUAUAGAAAGGUGCAAGCCACAGUUUAUUUUUCUUGAGGAUUUAUGGGAUAUUUAAAUUCUACUUUCUAGGCACAAGUCUUUCCUGAUUAGAGCCCUAAAAUAAGUUAUUAAUAAUAAUCAAAACAUGAACCUAGUUCUGGCCAACACUAUACCAAUUGUUUAUAAACUACUUUAAAACCAAAAUGAAAGCUAUUUUUCACUUGGACGGUGAAAAUAUUGAAGAAACAGAAGUAACAAAAAAAGAUAGUGACCUUUUCUAAAUUAAAAGUGAACAUACAAAGGUUCACAUUUUGCAAGGACCUAAGUCCCAAGCCCUUGCCACUUAGCUUCUUUAUGUAACCCAUCAUCUUAGACAGCUUAACACUGAACCUGUACAGGGAUUGCUUUUCCUGGAGUCAGAAGAAAUACAGUAAAAUCUGACACUUUUCCAAGUCAGGAGAAGUUGAAAUCCUCAUUCUCUAUUCUCAUCAGUUCCCCAGCCUCAGUGCCACCAUUCCAAUAACAAGCCAGAACCUGACUCUUUAAAAGUGCAUAGGGGCUCUACUUGGUUCUUGCUAAUUUGCCAAGGCAUUUGGAGUAUUCUUAGUACCUUGGCUUUCAAGCAAGAGGCAGGGAGACAGCUGUCUGAGUGGACUUGCUGCUGCAAGCAUAGACAAUAGAGACAAGUUUCUGCUUGCAGAAGUUUUAGCCUGUAGGAAGAAUAGUCCUCCAAAUUCUAGCCAAAGUAACACCAUUGUGCAACAGGCCAUUUAGUUAUUCUGUGCCUUGAGACUAUGUGCCAGACUUUGGCAAAACAAAGCCAUCCUCUCUACAGUCUGACAGUGUUUACUGAGACCUUUGAAAUUUCUGAUUUAGAUAAGGAUGGAAUGCUCCCAAAUUCCGAGUUUCUCUCUAGAUCUGGUUUGCUCCUACCCUCUGCACAAUGCCAUGUGAACUUAGAGCUAUAUAAAAUGAAGCUUGGGGUAGAGGCACCAACUUUGGUGAGUGCAGCUGUUUAUGAGGUGAACAAUGCUCUGUAAGGAAUUCUUAAUAAAUUUGUGUACUUGUCAUUCUGGAUUUGAUUGAGUCAUUCUUUGGUCUGUUGCGCCAUCCUAAUUCUGAGGCAAGUGUUUAUGUCUCCCUAGGAAAUUCACCCUAC